GUCCUUCGGUGUCUCGCCCCCGAACCACGCCGCAUGCCGUCCCCUGUGUCUCCCUUUUAUGACAUGUGAGGGUACUCCGUACAUAUAGUUCAUUGGGGGCCACAUCGUAUUAGUAUAUUCUUGGGCGGCUCCCGCGGCCCUGUCCCGCCGCACCACCUGAACCUAGCGGACUUCUUUCCUUCUCCCUUCUCUUCGCGCUUCUGCAAUUUGGGUUCGUGACGUCGUGAUGGACCGUUGACGUAUCGUUUUUCGGGGAGCAUUGGUUCUGUUUUCGCUCUUGCUGUUCAUCUGAUCGUUUCUGAGUGCGAGAAGAGUUUGAGUUCUGGGCUGGGCUCGGGUGAGCCUCGUGGCCGCUCCCCUCUUCGAUGGAUCCUUUCCGCAAUCCGCCGGACGACAGUCUAGCUGCGGCUCGACUACACGUCCAGGCCCUCACAGAGUGCGGGCUAUCACGCGAGGCGCUGUUGCACGCGCUGCUGGAGAAUUAUCCCGACGGAGAUGCUACCACAAGGACCGUCACCCCCCCGCAGCAGGCUGCGCAGCAGGGGCAGCGUGAUCCACGACUUUCGGUGUCAACCACGAGCUCAAAGUCGUCCGGGAGGACGAGCCUCUUGUCGACGGCGACCUCGAUGAGCUCAGUGUCAUCCCAAGGCGGAGGACCUGCCACCCAGGAGAUUGCACCGCCACAUCCCCCGCCCCCUGCGCCGCCCGUGAAGAGCAACAACAGAGGGAGCUCCAAACCGCAGGGCGCUUACUGGUGCACCUUUUGCGACGUCGCCUUCCAGCGCAAAUUCGACUGGAAGCGCCACGAAGACGAGUUCCACGAGCGCUACAAACGUUACCCCUGUCCAAACUGCAACCGCAUCUUCUGGGGCGCCAACACUUUCAACCAGCACCACAAGAACGCCCACGGCUGUACGACAUGUCCGCAUGCUGACCGCGUCGUGCGGUAUACGCACAAGAAAACGGCGUGGGCAUGUGGCUUCUGUGGCGGGUUCCUCGCCAGCCGUGACCGUUAUUUCGACCAUGUCGCCCGGCACUACGAAGACGGUUGCAACAAGUCGCACUGGAACCACUCGCUCGUCAUAUACGGCCUUCUUCACCAGCCCUCUAUUAACCAAGCGUGGGAAGACCUCGAUGCCGAGCUCUAUGGUCAUCUGCCGCGCAACCAGCACCCCAUCCUAGAGUGGGAUCCCAAGUCAACAGGUCAUGCACAAGGAUUUCUUGAGGGCGAGAGUCCUGGGAAACUACAAGACCUGCUCGAAUUCUUCAACGAAGGUCGCGAUGACCCGAAAUUCCUUGCCCGUCUCGCCCACGACUCGGCUACCAUGCGGCUACGGCACGAGAUCCAACCGAUUACUUCCGCAACGCCGCCCUCCGCAUCCUCCACCGCGAGACCCAUCUCCGAACCGCCAAAGAAGAAGGCCAUGUUGAAGUCGUCGCCAUUAAAAAGGCACAUGUCCACGCCUCAACCGCCACUACCGCCCCCACCGCCCUCAUAUGAGGAUCCGCCAAUCCCGAAGAAGGAGCACAAUAUCGCGCCUCUACCAUCCGAAUUCACGAAAAACAACCCCUUUUUUGACCCGACGCAGCAGCAACAACCGCAAACGCAACAGCUUCAAGGCCUGAUAUCGCCGUUCGACCAGCAGAUGAUGGGCACGCAGGCGACCAUGGCCGCGGCGGGAUACUACGACUUGGCGUUAACACACGUCCACCCGCACAUGCAGCUCAUGUCGCAAAUGCCGCAGCAGAGCAACCAACAACCCCAUGAGCAUCAACAGUUUUCUCAACAACAACAGCAGCAGCAGCAGCCGCCGCCGCCGCAGCAGCCACAACAACAGCAACAGCAGCAACAUCACUUGACAGUCCCAAUGAACCUGUACGAUGACUGGAGCAGCGUGGCAGGAACGGUCAUGGAUGACUCGAUGUUUUCCAGCAUCAUAGCAAUGGGAUGGCAGGCGGAUAUGGGAGGGACCCAUCCUGGGACUGGCGGGUGAGAGGACCGGAUGGUUUUGCAGCACAAUCACCCCCUCCCAGCCCUUCUGGGUAGUGACGAGGUCUCCCGAAAGAGGCCAUGAGCGGAGGGUGGAGGAUAGGAGAGGAGAGCAAUUCUCUGCAUAUCCGUGUGGCUGUUAUGCAAAUCGUCA